GCCGAAUUGCGUGUCCCUCCGCAGAGCCGGUGCGCCACUGCCGCAGCACGCGCGUCUAACGGCCCGCUGGAGCUUUUUAAUCUUUUCUUUUAGAGUUUUGCAUAAUAAACCCGUUUGUUUUUAAUCGAAGUCGUUUUAUCUGUCGUGUCUGGUGUGUUUUAAGCGGCGGUGUUUGUGUUUUACUCGGCUAGUCAUGGCUGACAUCGACAAACUCAACAUAGACAGCAUCAUUCAGCGCCUGCUCGAGGUGAGAGGGUCGAAGCCCGGUAAGAACGUUCAGCUGCAGGAGAACGAGAUUCGAGGAUUGUGUCUGAAAUCUCGAGAGAUUUUCCUCAGUCAGCCGAUCCUGCUGGAGCUCGAAGCGCCGCUCAAGAUCUGCGGUGACAUCCACGGUCAGUACUAUGACCUGCUUCGACUCUUCGAGUAUGGAGGAUACCCACCUGAGAGUAAUUACCUGUUCCUGGGAGAUUAUGUGGACCGAGGGAAGCAGUCUCUGGAGACCAUCUGUCUGCUUCUGGCCUACAAGAUCAAAUACCCGGAGAACUUCUUUCUGCUGAGGGGGAAUCACGAGUGCGCCUCCAUCAACCGCAUCUACGGCUUCUACGACGAGUGCAGGAGACGCUACAACAUCAAGCUCUGGAAGACUUUCACAGACUGCUUCAACUGUCUGCCGAUUGCCGCCAUCGUUGACGAGAAGAUCUUCUGCUGUCACGGAGGUUUAUCUCCAGAUCUGCAGUCUAUGGAGCAGAUCAGACGGAUCAUGCGGCCCACAGACGUGCCGGAUCAGGGUCUGCUGUGUGACCUGCUGUGGUCAGACCCAGAUAAAGAUGUGUUAGGCUGGGGGGAGAACGACAGAGGUGUCUCCUUCACCUUUGGUGCUGAAGUAGUGGCAAAAUUUCUACAUAAACACGACCUGGAUCUGAUCUGCAGAGCCCACCAGGUGGUUGAGGAUGGAUAUGAGUUUUUCGCCAAGCGUCAGCUGGUCACUCUGUUUUCUGCACCCAAUUAUUGUGGAGAAUUCGACAACGCUGGAGCCAUGAUGAGUGUGGACGAGACCCUCAUGUGCUCUUUCCAGAUCCUGAAACCUGCAGAGAAGAAGAAACCAAACUCCAGCCGUCCAGUGACUCCACCAAGGAACAUGGUCACCAAACAGGCCAAGAAAUGAGCAGUGUGUGUGUGUAUUUCUGGACAUGACGACGCAGUGCUGAUGUGUGUGUGUGUGUGUGUGUGGAUCACCAGGACAGACUGAAGGAUCUUUAUUAUCAUCAUCAUCAUCAUCAUGGUUGCGUUUCUCUGCUCUACCGUCCACAGAUUCACAGAGGAGCUGUUUAUUUCACUGUGAACACACACACACACACACACUCGCACACAUAUCCAGCGCCUUUUCUACUUGUGUCUUGUGAAUGUGCCAUCAGAUGUUUUAUCCCACGUUUGUUUUGUAUUCCCAGGAUCAGAUGAAUGAUGUUUUGAUGCCGAUGGACUCAGAGUUUGGCAUGUUGAUUUUUAUUCUUCCUCCAUCUUUAUUACUUCAGUGUUUAUGUUUGGUUGCAUGUGUGUAGUUUUAGAGGACUAGGAGACUGGAGGCCUUGGCUUUUUCUCUCAGGCGACGCUGCCGUCCGCGAUCCGCAUGUGUUGAUGAUCAUGUAGCUCCUCAUCAGGUAAAUCACAUCAGGAAAAGCAGAUUUCUCCAGUGUUUGAGAGAAACACACUCACUGUAAAUAUACAGAUGAUGCUUUUGUUCAGUCUGGGCAAUAAUUCACACUUUUACACACUAUAAAUAAUUGUUAUACUUGCAAAAUAAAUGGGAGGGAGGAGGAAACACCGUCA